AUGGGGUGUGGGUGCACAAAGGCCUCCGGUGUAGCACCAGAAAAUGGAGUGGCCUCGACAAGGACGGUUAAUGUGGGUGCUCGCUUUUUCGGCGGCCGCCCCUCCCUUGCGGAGCUGCGCAAGCUCAACGUGGCAGGUCCCGAUGAGAUGGGAGGAGAAAAGAAGGCAUUUGCUGGUGAUGCAAAGUCGGGCGCAGGCCUUCGCUCCGGGGCAAGCUGCCUCGAUGUGUUGGAAAAACGAUCGGUGCUUGUUGCCGUGAGAUCACGGCCUUUCAAUGAGCGGGAAAAAGCAGCCUCAUCGGGGGAGUGCUUGUCCUUCCAGGAGGACACCGGCAUGACCCUCCACAGAGAGGAUGACAAAGACUACCGCUUUGCCUUUGAUUGCGUCAUGCGCCCCGAAGUUGCUCAACGUGAGGUGUAUGACCGAACAGCCAGACCCCUGCUGCACAAAGUGUUGGAGGGCUACAACGGAUGCCUGUUUGCAUAUGGGCAAACAGGGUCCGGGAAAACCUUCACGAUGCAGGGGUCUUCGGACCAGAAAGGGAUCAUCCCCACUCUUUGUUCUGAGCUCUUCAGCGAGAUCAAGGACUGCGCCGAGAAGCGGCACAUCACCGUGGUGUGCAGUGUGCUUGAGAUCUACAACGAGAAGGUGAGGGACCUUUCCGUGGACUCCAGUGAUGACCUCCCCAUCCGGGAGGACAGCACGGAAGGUGGGAAGGGCAUUCACGUCGAAGGCCUGACAGAGGUGCAGGUUCGAAGCUGUGAGGAGGUGCUGGAUUGCAUCGCAAAGGCGCAGCAGAGGAGAGCCGUGGGGAAGACCAACAUGAACGAACACAGCUCGAGAUCCCACUCCGUGGUGACGCUGCGGAUAGGUGCCUACGACUGUGACGACGUGGAUGGUGCAACGUUGACAGUCUCCAAGCUGCAUCUCAUUGACCUGGCGGGCAGCGAGCGGCAAAAGGCCACAGGGGCUUCUGGAGAUCGGCUGAAGGAAGGCGCCCAGAUCAACCUGUCGCUGUCCGCCCUGGGGAACGUGAUCAACGCCCUGACCGAACGCACUUCCGGAGGCCGGCAUGUUCCCUACCGGGAUUCCAAGCUGACGCGGAUGUUGCAAGACUCGCUUGGUGGCAACUCUUACACCGUCAUGAUCUGCAACGUCUCGCCUGCGAGAAUCAAUGCAGACGAGACCCUGUCGAGCUUGCGCUUUGCCGAGCGUGCAAAGAAGAUCGAGAACAAGGCAGUGGUGAAUCGCGACCCGAAGGGUGAGCGAAUCCUUGAGUUGCUGCAAGAGAAUAAGGCUCUUCGGGCGAAGAUUGCUCGCCUGGAGGCGCAUGUUGAUCGACUGGAAAUGCACUACGACAAGUGA